GCCGUGAAUGAGACGUCACAGAGAGAAGGCCAUCUUCACCAGUGGCUGCGCUCGGCGGCCGUUGUGAGGGAGACGGGUUGAUUCACGAGGCGGAGACAGACUGAGUCGAGUCGAGCCGAGUGGAGCCUCCGGCCGGAGCUCGCUUCGCACACACUUGGAAAUGUUUUCACUCUCCACUUUCCAGCCGCAGGUAACAGUUCCUCUCAGUCAGCUGAUCAGCACCUUUCAUUCACUUAAAAGCUCAGCAAGCUCGGUUAGUUCUGCGUCCAUACAGUGUCUCCAACGUGAAGUGCCCCAAGAGCAUGAUCAAGUUAAUGAGCCUCUGUAUAAUUUAAGGGAUUUUGGGCUGUCUGAUUUAAAACCCAGCCAGCUGGAUGAAUUGGUAGACAGAUUACUUCCAUGCCUGUCUCCAAUUAACUCAAACUCUGGUUCAUCCAGAUGGCAAAUAUCCCAUGUUUCAUCACAGUCCUUCUUUGAAAAUAAACAUGGAUUUUCAAACAAUGUCUUCAAAGUGCUGCGUGCAUCUCAGUUUUCUCAACAACAUCCAGCGUUUCUACCGACCUUGUGUUCCAAUCUUCAUCUAUUGCCAUUCCAAGAGCAAAGGCGAGGCUUUAAAACUCUGAAAUCAAGAGCAAGGAGACCUGUGGCAACUGAGAAUACGGUUGAAGCAGAAAGUAUUGCUCCUUCUUUUAUGAAGGGACUUCUGUUGAGAGACCGAGGCAGAGAGGUUGAAAAUUUGGACAGUUUGAUUAAAACUAAAAAUAUUCCUGAAGCUCAUCAGGAUGCCUUUAAAACUGGCUUUGCAGAAGGCUUUCUAAAAGCACAAGCUCUCACACAGAGGACAAAUGACUCUUUAAGGAGGACAAGAUUAGUUCUUCUGUUGCUGCUGUUGCUUGGAAUUUAUGGUCUAUCCAGAACACCAUUUUUGUCGGUGCGAUUUCGUACUACAUCAGGACUGGAUUCAGCAGUGGACCCUAUUCAGAUGAAGAAUGUAACCUUUGAACAUGUGAAAGGGGUAGAAGAGGCAAAACAUGAGCUGCAGGAAGUGGUAGAAUUUUUAAAAAACCCUCAGAAAUUCACUGUGUUAGGAGGCAAGCUGCCUAAAGGUAUUCUUUUAAUUGGACCUCCUGGAAAUGGGAAAACUCUUCUUGCAAGAGCAGUUGCUGGUGAAGCUGAUGUACCAUUCUAUUAUGCAUCAGGAUCAGAAUUUGAUGAAAUGUUUGUCGGUGUUGGAGCUAGUAGGAUAAGGAACCUAUUUAGAGAGGCAAAAGCCAAUGCCCCCUGUGUCAUUUUUAUUGAUGAACUGGAUUCUGUAGGUGGAAAAAGAGUUGAAUCACCCAUGCAUCCCUAUUCCAGACAGACCAUAAAUCAACUUCUUGCGGAAAUGGAUGGUUUCAAGCCAAAUGAAGGUGUCAUCAUUAUAGGUGCCACAAAUUUUCCUGAAGCUUUGGACAAUGCUCUUAUCCGCCCAGGUAGAUUUGACAUGCAAGUUACCGUUCCCAGACCAGAUAUUAGAGGGCGAGUAGAGAUACUUAAGUGGUAUCUUGCCAAAGUUAAAGUUGAUCCAGCAAUUGAUCCAGAAAUUAUAGCCAGAGGCACAGUGGGUUUCUCUGGGGCAGAACUAGAGAAUCUGGUGAACCAGGCUGCUCUGAAAGCAGCUGUAGAUGAAAAAGAUCAAGUAACAAUGAAAGACUUGGAGUUUUCCAAGGACAAAAUCCUGAUGGGUCCAGAACGCAGAAGUAUUGAGAUUGAUGCAAGAAACAAAACAAUCACAGCGUUCCAUGAAUCGGGGCAUGCCAUAGUAGCUCAUUUUACAAAGUAUGCUAUGCCCAUUAAUAAAGCGACCAUAAUGCCAAGGGGACCAACACUGGGACACGUUUCAUUAUUACCGGAAAAUGACAGAUGGAGUGAAACUCGAGCUCAGUUACUUGCUCAAAUGGAUGUCAGCAUGGGUGGAAGAGUAGCAGAAGAGCUCAUCUUUGGAACAGAGCAAAUUACCACUGGUGCUUCAAGUGAUUUUGACACUGCCACCAAAAUAGCUAAGUUGAUGGUCACAAAAUUUGGAAUGAGCGAAAAGCUUGGAGUAAUGACUUAUUCAGAUCCAGAAAAAGUAAGCCCAGACACUCAAUCAGCAAUUGAACAAGAAAUCAGAAUAUUAUUGCGGGAUUCUUAUGACCGGGCAAAGCACAUCUUGAAGACUCGUGCAAAGGAACACAAAAAUCUGGCAGAAGCUUUACUGAAGUAUGAGACACUGGAUGCCAAAGAAAUACAGAUUGUUCUCGAGGGAAAGAGGCUAGAAGUAAAAGAACCUCUUUAAUUGGAACAGACUUGGUCUGGUAUAAUAACAUAGAUGUGUAUAUUUGUGGAACAGCAGUAGCCCACUAAAUAAAACCAUAAGCUUUAAUUCUGAGGACAUUAUUGGUAUUUUCAUAGUUACAAAAUGAUAAUGUAAACAAUGGAAUUGCAUAUUGUGUGCUCAGGAUUAUUUUAAAUCCCAGUUAAACUAUUGUUUUAAAUGAUUCUACAUAAUACUCUGCUUAGUGUAAGGUGUAAAAACAUACAACCAGAAGUGAAUAUUAUUCCCUCUAACUAUUUUUCUUUUUGCUUGUUUUGUAUUUUAAGUCUAUUUAUAUAAACCAUUGAGUUGCAGUUUGGUGUUUCCCAAAACAAUUAAAAUUGAAUGCAAUGUUGCAGUGUCAUCAUUGGGUCAUUUAGGUACUUUGUCCACAUAACCAUACAAUCCAAUGUUCCUGGGUUGUUGCUGGGUAUUUCUUUCUUGUGUUCUCAAUUUUUGGGGUUAGUAAUAAAGAAAUUAUCUUUCUGAAGGUAAGUGCAUAAGUUACAAAAAUAAAUACAAAUAUAAUUAGCACCGCCAAUGUCUUGAGUAGCCACAGGGGCAUGGAUAUGCAGACCGAAAAAUGUGCUCCCCAGUCCCUGCUGUGGUGCAGGACAAAGUGUACUGUAGAAUUGGAAACCAGAAGAUGUAUAGAAAGUUUAUUGGUUAUCCUUAUUUUGAACAUAAAGAUCUUGCUGUUAACCUUAAAGCUUUUUGACAUUUUUAUUGACAGCUAAAUAAAGAGAUCUUGUGUGAA